CGGAACCGCGCGGGCUGCCGGGAGUAAGGGGGGAGCGGAGGCAGCAGCGCGCCGCCAUGUUGGUGUACGGAAUCGAGAGCGGCGUGAUGACGCACUUCCGGCGGCGCUGAGGCGGGAAAGUUGAGCCCCAAAUCCUUGGGAUUUCCUGGGGAUGGAUCCCGGGAAGGAAGAGCAGGAAAAUGAAGAGAAAAUGGAAUUGUCACAGGGGGUGCUGUCCCAGCUGUGGGCCCUGGAGCAGCGCGCUGCUCGCGGCGCCGCGCUCCGGCAGCGGCAGCAGCGGCGCCGGCAGCGGCUGCAGCUCCUGAGCAGCAGAGUGCAGGAGCUGCGGCAGCGCCGCGACCGCCUGCGCCUGCAGCUGCGGGAAAUGGCUGAAGGAAAAGCAGGAAUUGCCCGGGAGCCGGGCCAGGUGCUGCAGUGGCGGAUCCGGGAGCUGCAGGAGCUGCUGCGCCUCUUCCCCCUCACAGGAGUGAGCGCGAAGCUCUCCCGGCACGGCCUCUCCGUCUCCUUCCACACGUCCUUCGAGGGCUCCUACCUGGACUGCUUCCACCUGGAGCUGCAGGAAUCCCGGGAAUGCCGGGAAUUCCGGGAAUUCCGGGAAUGGCGGGUCCUGCGCCACUCCAUCCCGCCCUUCAUCCCCCUGCAGGGCCUGGCCCGGGAGCUGCUGCCCCACGGCCCGCGGCGCUUCCUGGCCCUGCUGGCCCGCCUGCUCGGCGCCUUCGUGGCCAGGAGGCACCAGCUGCACCUCCUGCAGGUGGGCAGCAACAAAUUCCUCCCAAAAUUCAAAACAUUCCCCCCAAAAUCCUGCCCCAAAUCCCCCAAAGUCUGUUCAAAAUUCCCCCAAAAAUCACAAAGUUCCGCCUAAAGGUCUCAAAGUUCUGCCUAAAAUUUGUCGCAAUAGUCCUUCUCAAAAUCGCCAAAGUUCUGCCUAAAAUUCCUCCCAAAAUUCCUUCUCAAAACUCCAAAGUUCCUCUCAAAAUUCCUCCCGAAAUUCCCAAAGUUCUGCCUAAAAUUCCUCCCAAAAUUCAUAAAGUUCUGCACGAAAUUCACAAAGUUCCUUCCCAAAAUUCCUUCUCAAAAUCCCCAAAGUUCCUCCCAAAAUUCCCCCCAAAAUUCCCAAAGUUCUGCCUCAAAUUCCCCCCAAAAUUCCUUCCCAAAAUUCCCAAAUUCCUUCCCAAAGUUCCUCCCGAAAUUCCUUCCCAAAAUUCCCAAUUCUUCCCCCAAAUUCCUUCUCAAAACUCCCAAAGUUCCUCCCAAAAUUCCAUCCCAAAAUCCCCAAAAUCGCUCCCAGAAUUUCUUCCCAAAAU